AGAUGGCAGAUAACUCUAAUAUUUAGCGCCAUAAACAAACUACGGUAACUUGUCAUGUUUUACAAAAGUGAAUAAUUUGUUUAACGUCCCACAGAAAACAAAAUGUACCAUGAAAUUUUAUUAGCACUGUCUGGCAACACCGGUGGUAUAUUUAGAGACAAAGGAGACGGCAUCAAGGUUAUAGCUGAUCUUCCAUUCAUUAAUCCUUCAGAAAUCAGCAUCUUGAAUGAAUUGGGUAAACUAGGAACAUAUUACAAACACUUUCAACAAUUUAUUGCAAAAUAUAGCAAUGCAUUAUCAGUACAUCACAGAACACUGAAAUCGGAGGAGGAUCUGCAUGGAUUAUAUUUGAAAGCAGCAUGUCAUGGUAUUGAUAUUGUGUUACAAGAUUAUCGUCAGUCUCUGUUGAGUUUAGAAAAAGAUUUUAUACAAGACCCAUAUCUGCCUGUUUCACAUCUUUUAUGUACUUUAAAAGAGUAUGAGUUGUUGUUUCCAGAAUUAUCUGCAGUUAUUGAACAAAUCAAAUCACACAAGGCUCAUGGAUGUUAUAUAUUAGAUAUUGUACAGAAACGUUCUAUUUGUGGAUUACCAGUGGUAAAACAGGCUUUUAAAAGAAUUCUACAUGUGUGUCACAAUGUGUUUUAUAAACAGCUUUGUGCCUGGUUAUUACAUGGUACGUUAGUUGACUCCUACAAUGAAUUCAUUAUACAGAAAAUAGAUGAAAACUCACAAACACUGACUUUAUCUAAAACAGAACAAGAGGAAGAUGAUUUAGGUAUAAUGGGUAUUACUGGUCGUCAGAUGAAGAAAGCAAUGACUAUAUCUACACCUAAAUAUGUUCAACCAAAAGAACAUUUAUAUGGUAUACAAGCUAAUUUACUCCCUGCUUACAUUCCUAUUAGAGUAGCGUCUAAAAUACUGUUUGUGGGCGAAUCAGUUCAGAUGUUUGAAAACGAAAAACAGAAUUCAAAGAAUAUAGUAUCCGAUCCAAUAUUAAGAAGCCGAGUUGAAGAAUUUACUAAAGAUCUACAUGAAUUAUCUAAGCAAGAAGAAUUUAAUCUCAUGGUGUUCGAUAAAAUUAUUGAUAAAAUUAGAACAUUUGUCGCUGAGCGGUUAUGGGUGUUAAUAGUAGAAGAAUCUGAUUUACGGAACCAACUAAAAGUUAUAAAAGAUUUUUUUCUGCUGGGAAGAGGAGAAUUAUAUUUAGCCUUUAUAGACCAAGCUCAGCAUUUAUUAUCUGGUCCAGUUACGUCAACAACACAACAUGAUAUAAAUAUGGCGUUUCAACAGGCUGCUAGAAAUGUUCUCCUACAGAAUGAAUCUCUUUUGCAGAAGUUCCAAUUGACAAUAACUCGAAAGAGUGGAAGUGGUCCGACAGGUUCGGCUGUAGAAAAUGGUUGGAAUUGUCUAGGAUUACAACACACGAUACACUGGCCUUUACAUAUAUUCUUUACUUCAGCCAUGUUAGAAAAGUACAAUAGAAUAUUCACGUUUUUAUUGGCUAUUAAAAGAGCACAACUUGAUAUUCAGUCAUGCUGGACAAUACAGAUGAUACAUAAACAAAAACCAUCACAUCAAGAAGAAAUGGCUAAAUGGCAGCUUAGAACACAUAUGGGAUUCUUAGUUGAUAAUUUACAAUAUUACCUACAGGUUGAUGUUAUAGAAUCACAGUAUGGUAUAUUACUAGAUAAAAUCAAUUCAACCAGAGAUUUUGAAGCAGUUAAAGUAGCACAUGAAAACUUUCUUUCUGCUUUGUUAGCACAGAGUUUUGUUCAUAUGAAAUCUGUAUCCCAUUGUUUAAGAGAAAUAUUAGAUUUAUGUACAGCUUAUAGUCAACUGAUGACAUCAUCUGACAUUCAAUUACUUCCACAACAACUUCAACAAUUAACAGACAUAGCACAGAAAUUUCAGCGUCAAUUUAAUCUUUUGUUCAAGAUAUUAUCCAGCGUAAAACAUCAUAAUGCCAGUCCAUAUUUAGCCCAGUUAUUAUUACGACUUGAUUAUAAUAAAUAUUUUACUUGUACUGGUGGACAAAUAGGGAUUUGAGAAAUCAUGAUUAAAGUGCUAUGUAUAAAAUGUAGUCAUGAUAUUUGUUUUGUACAGUGUAUUAAAUU